AUGGCACAACACGGCUUCGGCCAGUUUAACGGUGGCCACGGCGGAGCUGGCGGCGGAAGCAUCGAUCCCAAUGAUCUUGCCAUGGGCGGCAACUUUGGAUCAUCCUACUCCAAUAACUUCAACUCGAACUCUGCAAACAACUCCAACGGCUUCUCGAGUGGCUCUGCCCUUUUCGGCGACGACGAGCUUCUCGAUGGUCUUGGCAGUCCGACGGACACCCAGCCUGGCAUCCACGGCCACGGCCAAGAUUUCGGCGGCAUGUCAGAUAUGGGUAUGGGCUUCAACCAGACGAUUUACGGCUCUCACCAUGGCAUGGAUCAGAAUCAUAUCAACGGUUACUCCAACACCCCCGAUGGCGACCCUAUUCAGAGCCCAUUCGUUCACAGUUACAAUAACUCGCAGUUUCGUCAGCUACACCACCCCCAAUCUCUCGGUACAUCGCUACACUCGCCAAUUUCUUACUCGGGCUCGCCUUUGACCGGAUCAGACAUGAACGCCGAGAGCGCCGAUGCCAAUUAUCUCAACGCUAAGAACAGGGCCAGAAUGGCCCAAGCAAUGCAGCGGAAGAGCUCUUCCAACACCCGAAGCCCAAUGACGCCUAAGUCGACCAUGCACUCCGUGCCUGAAACCACUGGCUUUGGUUCACAGUCAAUCCGAACUCAAGGCUUGCAUGAGAAGUCGCCAUCUGCUGGCCAGUGGAUGCAGACACCAACUGGAAGCAUGGCGGCAUCUUACGGCUCGGGCUUUUCGUCGCCCAUUCAGCCCGGCUUGGCUCAACUGAAUGAAGUAAUGAUGAAAGGGGGCACUUCCAUGCCCGCAAAGCUUGGUGUUCAGCCCGCUGCUGUGUCUUCACAGGAAAUGAAGCGCAAGCGGCGCCGUGAGUCCCACAACCUAGUGGAGCGAAGGAGACGAGACAAUAUCAAUGAAAGAAUCCAAGACCUCAGCAGAUUGGUGCCUGCGCACCGUCUGGAAGAUGAGAAGAUUCGCAAGAUGAUUCAGAACGGUACGCCGCUCUCGCCCACCCUCACAGGCAUCUCGAAUCCCUCUCAAGCUACCUCGGGUCUUGCUGGUCCCGGUGCACGUCGCGCAGCUGGUGGCACGACUGGCAACAUAACGACCGGCCUGCCCAUUGAGGACAAGGACAAGGGCCCCAAUAAGGGCGAUAUUCUCAACGGCGCUGUCAGUUGGACCAGAGAUCUGAUGUGGAUGUUGCAUUUGAAGCUUCAGCAGCAGGAGGAGCUCAUGAACGCAAUUGCGGAACUCGGCGGCCACUUCCCGUUCGAGCUUACAGAAGACGAGAAGCGCAUGCAAACGGAAUUGAUGGAGGCAAUUUCGAAGAACGAUGACUUGGGGUACUCACGCGCAAGCGGCUCUGGGCUGAGGGUUCCCCAUCAUACCGACUACCGCGGCGAACCUCUCAACGGUUCUGCCAAUCCCGAUGGCCUUCCUGUCAGCCCACGGGACGAUGCCGGUGCUGUCCUAACCAACGACCUGGGAGCCGGGAGCGAGUUCUGGAACGACCCAGACGACGACGAAGGUGGACCUGUAUCGCUGAACUUCAAGGAAGAGGACGAGUUCGGUAUGGAUUUGACACAAUAG